UUCAAUGGUUGGUUUUUCAUAUUCAGUUGCGUUUUUGACGCUGCACAGUUUGCAUCACGUGAGAAUAGCAAAAAAAAAAAAUAAAUAAAAUAAAAAUAUCAAAAACAAAUUCAUAAAAAUAAUUAAAUACAUAAGCAAGCAAAAAAUAGACCUUUGGAUAUAUAAAUAUAAAAAUACAUAUAAAAAAAUUUAUACUGAAGAAAAUUAUAAAAAUUAUAGUGUUUUAUAACAAAAAAAAAGAAAGAAAAUCUUUUUAGUGGAAAAACGUAACCCAACGUCGUCUAUUUAAAAAAAAAGAAAAGUUUUUAGUGCAUUUUAAAGCAGUGUCUCCCUACUUCGUGCUCUCUAUCUCUUUACUAAAGUGUGCCUACGUGCGUGUGUGUUUGCAAUAGCAAAUAAUUGUGUGAUUUAAAGAAAAAAAAAUAAUUUUUUCUUUUUUUAAAAUUUACAACAAUCCUUUAAAAAUUAAACAAUAAAUCUUUCCCGAAAGAACUUUACAAACAAAAUUACAACCCCACAACCAGAUCCACCAAAUAAAAUUAAAAAUUGAAAGUAAACUUCUAACAAUAAUUAAAAAUUCUCCAACACCAAAUUAUAGAAAACUACCCCACAAGACAAAAAACAAACCUAUUUUUUAGCAAUAAAAAAAAACAAAAUUGAUUUAAAUACAAAACAAAAAUAUUUUUGUAAAUCAUAAAAAAAAUUGCUGAAAAAAACCCACAAAACAAAUUUGGAAUCACAGUGAUAUUUGCAAAAGGCAAAAAUACAAAAAAAUCAACCUGCAAAAUCACCAGCAACAGCAUCAUCAUCAUCAAACAGCGUUAGUAGUGGAACAGUAGUUCUUUAACACUUUCUUUCCAAACUGAUAUGGCGGAGGGUUUAAAAACGCUCCUAGAAGCUGCUCAAUAUAUUGAGCGGCAGGAGAAAUUGAACUUAUCACCACAGGCCACAGCAAUACCGGCAAUACUCAAUGAGCAGCAACGCUUCAUAGUGCAUGCGUAUGAUGCAACAAUUGCCAACAACAACAACAACAAUAGUAAUACCACAACAACGACAACAACUAAUGGCCAUCAUAAUGGUGGUGGCAUUGGCGGCAGCAUAAAUAUACGCAAUUCAAAUAUAAGACAUGGCAAUGCCGGUUCAUUACAAGUGUCAUCAUCAGCACCUGCUGCUGCAGCUCCAUUUCAACAUAUUAAUGGACAUCAUCACAAUCAUGCUAGCAGCAAUACCACCGCCGCCGCCAACUCCUCCCUUUUACAACAGCAAACAUCAACGGUAUUAACUAACGGUACAAAUAGUGCAUCCGCCUCAUUAACAACAAAUGGACAUCAUCACCAUCACCAUCAGAACAAUAAUCAACAUUCUCUCCAUCAUCUUAAUCAUCAAAGUAGUCAAUUAUUAAAUGCAAAUCAUCAUGAUUAUGAAUUUAAUGGUAAUAGCAAUGGCGGUACUGCUGGUGUAACGGUUUUAGCCUCUUCGCCUUCUUCUUCAUCGGGGACAACAAAUGGCAAUUUAUUGCAGCAAUUAUCUCUAAAUGGCAGGUCCAGUGAAGGUCGCAUAUCGGAUGAUGCAAACAACACCAACAACAACAGUAAUGAUAAUAAUACCACUGAUACUAAAAGCACCUCAUUCAUGUUACUGACCAAUUCCACCUCAAGCAAAUUGUUAAAAACCUCAUCAAGCUCAUCUUUGUCGCCACCAAUACGAAUGGCAACAGAUGACGAAGAACCAGAAGAUGUCACAAUGGUGAAACCUAAAACAGCAGCUGAGACUGCGGCGACGGAUGGUGGUAAUACGGCCACAUUUACUUUGAUAGGUAGAAAUGGUGAAAUUAUAGGAAAUGCUGCUGCCAGCAAACAAAUGUUGUUGACCAAUGGCAUUCGCAUAGCGGCUCCCACAGCCACUAUAGGCCAAGUAACGCAGCAGCCGGCCACAACACAUGUGUCCCUGUCCAAGGCCAUUAAUAUACCUUUUAAUAAUAAAAAUAUACCUCUCAUAACCGGGUUUCCCUAUCAAUUAACUCCAACAUCCUCGUCGUCGUCAACGUCUCAGCAAGCACAACAACAAACCGCCAAUAGUUGUAUAGUUUUAACCAAUCGCCCAAAAACUUUUAUACCCUUGACACCGCCACCCAUGUCGAGUAGAAAAUUUGUUGAACCCACACAAUCACGUAUACGAAGUUUCUCACUAUCCUCCCAUAAAUUUUCAGCCAAUAAUCAGCAUCAUCAGUUGCACAAUGGCAACAACAGCAACAGUAUGAUGGUCGAUGAAAUACCACCAACGCAACAGCAUCAUCCUAGUUUCGGUACAAAUUCAUCGUCCAGUCAACACUCGACCUCCAGCCAACACUCACCGCCCCGUCAUGUGUCGUCCUCGUUGGGAGCCUCAUCGGCUGGCAGUCAUUAUAUGCAUAUGCUUAAUGCUGGACAGCAGUCAGCGGUAGGAGCCGGUUCAAAUCAUGUAACACAUGCUACGCCUAGAAGGCGUACCAUUAGUUCCACAAGUAAUGGGGCUGGUACCCGUGAAGUUCAUAAUAAAUUAGAAAAGAAUCGUCGUGCCCAUUUAAAAGAAUGCUAUGAAGCAUUAAAAAAUCAAUUAUCAUUGAAAGAUGAAGAUCGCAGAAAAACCUCCAAUUUAGCUAUAUUGGGUGAAGCUUUAAAAUGUGUCCAAACUUCCCAAAAACGUGCUCAAGAACUGGAAGCUGAAUGGGAACAUUUAGCAAAUGAGAAAAUCAAUUUACAAAAACGUAUUGUUAGCUUAAAGCGUGAACUUGGUCCAAAGUAUGAACAAAUGUUUUCGGGAUUGGGUAUUUUUCCUGAUAUCGAAAUUGGUAGCAUUCCAAAUGAGAGAGAAACAAUAAAUGAUACACAUUCACUCUCAUCUGGACGUGGCAGUACAUUGUACAGUUCAUCUAGUUCGCUAUCUAGUGGCGGCAGUAAUGGCAGCAGCAGUGGUGGCAGUGGCAGCAAUACAAUGUCAUCACCAGUUGGUGCUGGUUUACAAACUGCAAUGCCCACAACAAUAUCGCCUGUGAUAAACAAAAUCAACCACAACAGCAACAACAACAAUAUUAAUUCUACAUCACCAAUAUCAAUUAAUAGCAACAGUAAUGUUGUCAUCCAACAACAACAACAACAGCGUAAAAAUCCCACAAUUACCACCACCAUACAAGCUGUAGCAAUUCCUACUCAGGGUGGAGGCGGAGGAGGUGGCAUUAACAGUCCACCAGCUGGUAGUCCUACGGCUCUUGUUACCUUCGGUAGCAGUCUACCAUUAUCAUUGACAGCCAAAAAUAUAUCAGCUACUGCUGUAACCCGUGGCUCACCCACACCCUCGACACCCUCACCGUCGCCGUCCUCUUCGAGUGGUGUCUCCUCGUCAUCGUCAUUGAUCUCGUCAUCACCUCCGAUUAAUGGGGUGAUUAGUAAUGGUCGCAAUGUGACCGUUAACAUUCCUAAUGGUUUGAAAUUGCAAGCAACUGCUGCUGUAGCCGGAGCUGGUCAAAAUGGUGGUGGCGGCGGUGGUGGUGUCGGCAGCCUUAUUGCUGGUGGAAUUGGAAAUGGUUCUACAGCCACAGCUGCCGCAACUAUAUUAGCUACUUCAGCACCCGCACAAGGAGUUAAUAAUACAAAUAAUGCAGUUUUGGGAAAUCAACAACAACAACACAAUGGCCGUAAGAAAAGUUUAACUUUAACGAACAACAACAACAAUAGUUUGGUAGAAACAACAAAAAAUAAUCAUCAACAUCAUCAGCAGCAACAACAACAGCAUGCUAGUGAAGAUGGUGAACAACCGGCAAAAUUUUUAAAAGUAUUCAAUACAACAACUGCAACAAAUGGCCAUCACCAUCAUCAACAGCAGCAGCAACAUGAAAUGAAAAAUCAUGGUCAGAAAUUUCUAUUAACCAGCAAUGGUGGCAUAUUACAAGGUGGAAUUGGAGGAGGUGGUGGCAACAACAGCAACAACAAUAUUAAUAAUUUGGUUGGUUCUUCUACGAUUGCAAAUAAAUCACUUACCAAUGGUUCGACUUCAACGGCCUCAUCUACAAAUGAAUUGUGUCGUUUGCCAGGUGGUGCUGAAUUAAAUAUUUUACCCUCAAAUGGUUUAAAACUCACCUCAGGAGGUGGAAAUGGGCCCAUGGCUACAGCAUUUUAUCAUGCCAAUGGCAAAAUCACUUUUGUUAAUGGACCACCGCCUACGCACCAACAACAGUAUCAUCAUCAUCAUCAUCAACAACAACAACAACAUCAACACCCACCGUCGCCUUUGCCAAAUUCAACUACUAUCACUAGUAAUGGUACAACAACACUAACUACUAAUGGAAUUUUGCUUAAAGAUGCCACCAGUGUUACUCCACUGUUAGUAUCGGCAGCAUCAUCACCAUCCACAACAACUAGCGUUAAUGGUUUGCAUUUUGCUGGCAAUUUUGCCCAAUUAUUAGCUGCUGCUAAUACAACGGCUACAACUUGUACUACUAAUAGCAACAAUGUUUUGGUAAAUGCAACAGCAGCAGCAGCCUCUACAACUGCCUCAAUUGUGCCAAUGGCAACAAAUUUCCAAAAUAUUAUGGAGUCGAAAAUAAAAAAUAAUAAUAAGUCCUCAAUUAUAACUUGGCGUUCUGGAGCUGCUACUACUAAUUAAACUCGAAACAUUGCAAUGGAAUAUGGAAAAUGGUUGUAAUUAACAAAAAACAAGAAGGCCUCUUAUUUAUAUAUUUUGCCGCCAAAGCAAUAAUUACAAAAAAUAACGACUAAAAAGCCUUCCAGAAAACUAUACUCGUUUGUGUGCAAGAAAAGACAACAACAGCAGCAGCAGAUAACAAGAAAAUUAAAAAUCAAAGAGUUACGACAUCAAGUCGGAAUAUACUACUAACAAAGAAGAUUGAUAAAGUAUAUAAACAAAUUAACAAAAAAUGAAAAUGCUCCCACCUUUGUCAAAUAAACAUGACACAAAUCACACAAAAACAAAUAAAACAAACCAACAAACAAACAAAAAAAAAAGAGAACAAACUGCAACGAUUUAAAUCUAUAUUUAAUUUAAGAUUAAAUUUAAAAAAACAAAAUCAAACAAACAUCAUUUUUUACACCAAGCAACAACAAACAACCACUUGUUCCCGUUACAUUCAGUUACAUCAACAAUUCAACAUAUUUUCAAAAAACAUUGUUUACUUUUACUUUAGGCAACGAUGGAUAGAAGAAACGCUACAAUUAUUGAUUUGGUUUUGUUAGAAAAAAAGUCAGUUAGAGGAAAAAUUAAAAAUAAAUUUAAAACAGUUCCGCCCAUCAUUAGCAUCAACGAUUUUGCAAAAAAAAACAAAAUGAGGAGAAUAUUAUAAAGAAAAGAAAAAAAUAAAAACUAAAUUACAGAAAUAUUAAGAAAUAUAAUAAUUUUGUCAUAGAUUUAUAUACACACACACACAUACAUACAUAUAUAAAAUUAUAGAAUGUUUUAAUCAUGAACAGAUAAAGUAAAUCCCGAGCUACCAAAAUCCCUAUAAUAAUAGUUAUUUUAAUUUUUUUGUUUUGUUACAAUAUUGUUGUCGUUUUGAAAUCUUUCUUCUCUUUCUGUUUUAAAUUUCCAACUUGUUUAUUGAAAGUUUUCGAAAUUGAAUCUUUAAAUUGGAGGAUAUGUUAAGUACUGGGUAAGGUUGCCAACAGUUUCGAAAUGGUGAAAAGAUAGCGGUAUUGGUAUUUAAACCUUUUUCGGUAUUAGUAUUUCGAUUUGAAAUAAAUUAGGAAAUAAUUUUAGCAAAUUUGUAUACAGUGUUGUUUAUUUGCAUUCUAAAAUAACUCAGGCCAACAAAUUUUUAACCAAAGAAUACUUUUCUAAAGGAUUGAGCUGUUCUGGAAUGGAAUCUAGACAUAGAAUUUCUUUAUCACAUCAGAUUUUGGAGAUAUUGUAUCCUAAAAAUAUUGCCAUAUUUAAGACUUUAUAACAGCUCGAAGUCAUCUUUAUUUGUUAUGUCAUCUGAAAGUCCAAUCUGUAGACUUUGAAAUAAAGGUUUAACCUUUGUUCUAUAAGCUUCUCUAUUGCCGAUAGUUCUUUCCAGAGGAAAAUCUAUUCAUAUAACUAAGACUGAGCAUGACACUGGUCCUAUGAGCGAAGAAUUGUAAAGAAAAAGUAUCUUAGUACUAUCGCUGAAAACCUCUAAACUAUGGAUUAGAGUAAUCUAUGGAUUAUGCUAUUACUGGACUAUGGGUGGACUAAUAUAUGAACUAGUCUAUUGACCAGACUAUAGGCUAGUCUACGGAAUAGUCUAUUGACUACACUAUGGAAUAGUCUAUUGACUUUAUUGUCAAAUCUAUUGACUUGUCUAUGGACUAGUCGAUUGAAUAGUUUAUUAUUUAAUCGAUUGACUAUUGUAUGGAUUUGUCUAUUGACGAGGCCAUUGACUAAUCUAGGAACAAGUCUAUAGACUAAUUUAGGGACUAGUUUAUGGACAAGUCUAUUGACUAGUCUAUUAUCUAGUCCACGGACAUGUCUAUGUCUAUUGUCUAGUCUAUGAACAAGUCUCUGGGAUAGUCUAUUAAAUGGUCUAUGGUUCGUCUAUGAAAUAGUCUAUUGUCUUAUCUAUUCACUUGUACAUAUAUGAACUAGUCUAUGAACAAGUCUCUGGAACAGUAUAUUAAAUGGUCUAUGGCUGGUCUAUUGUUUCAUUCACAUGUCUAUCUAUUGACUAGUCUAUGAUCUUCUCUGGGAUAGUCUAUUAAAUGGUUUAUGACUAGUCUAUGGAAUAGUCUAUUGUCUAAUCUAUUCACAUGUCUAUGAACUAGUCUAUUGACUAGCCUGUGGAUUAAUCCUACUUAUUUUGUCUUCCAUCUAGCAAAUAGUUGUUGUAACAGUUUAAAUGUUGCAGAAAGUUCCUUCACAGGGA